ACAUAUUUAACUUUUAAGUGCAAUGAUAAGUAAAAUUUUAAAUUGAAAAAAUGUGCCUUCGUCUUUUUUCGGAUAUUUCAAUUCGAAAAUGGAGCAAAUCAAAACUUCAAGGCUUACCGGGUGUUACUAACAACUAACUAACAAGAUCGGUGGUCAAUUACCUCGGCUAUAAGAUAAUGACUGCGACCAGAAUGAGAAGUGCGUCAGACUGCAGGAUUGCACAAAAGAACCGGAAACUUCACAAAAGAACCAUCUGCUGUCCCGAACCCGCAGACAUCUUGCCCAGACUUUCGGCUUGCGGACAAACGAAAAUGACUUUCCGGAUUAUGGGUGGCACGGAGCCGGAUCUCAACGAAUACCCCUGGCUGACCAUGCUUCUAUAUUGGAUCCUCUCCACUCCGGGUCGGAAACUAGUCCCCGGAUGUAGUGGCUCCCUGAUCAACACUCGCUAUGUUUUGACUGCUGCCCACUGUGUAACCAUGGCGAACAUGAGACUCCGACAAGUCCGCCUGGGCGAGGACAAGACGUCCCAAAACCCGGACUGCAUCAACGAGGGCUGACGGAAGCGUUGCGCUCCCCCCCAUCUGGACAUCGACGUGGAAUCGCUCUCAAGCCAUGAGGACUACGAUCCAGUACGAGCCAAGUUCACGUCGCACAACGACAUCGCCCUGGUGCGACUCCAAUUGGCAGUGCGCUAUACGGUCGCAGUCUCUCCGAUUUGUGUUCUGGACGACCACAUCUCCCGGAGGAACUUCAAGUUUCGUGUGGCUGGCUGGGGAAAAACGGACAUGUCCAGUGAUGGCAGCGACGUAUUGCAGCACGCUUCCCUCUUGGAAAGAAGUCCAGGAACGUGCUCACAAAUCUACGCGCACUGGCACCUCCAGCCCCAAUCCCAGAUAUGCGCCGGUGGGUUGGAUGCGCUGGCCACCUGAGACGGCGACUCCGGCAGUCCAUUGAUGGGCAUCGAUGGUAGCAGCUACGACGAAUUCACGUUUUUGGCCGGCAUUGUUAUAUAUUUAUACGGACGUUCUUGCGGACAGUCUGCCUACCCAGCAGUUUUCACACUAACUGCCACGUUCUUCAAAUGGACACUGGCAAACCUAAAGCCUUAGAAGCUGCAGAAAUCGUAAAUUAUACUGCUGAUUAUGAGUUCGAAGUUGGGUUUUGGCAUGCUAAUGUACAUUUAUAUGAAGAUCUGAUUCGAGGACGUUUCCGUUCAAGAACAGCUGCAGAACCAUAUAUAUACGCAUAUACUCAUAUCAGUAACGUUCUUUUCUGGAAUUCCAGCGGAUCGUUAUCAAGGAAUCAUGACUUUGGACACAUACAAAAUGCUCCUAUGUGCUUGAGUGGUUAGUUAGUUAAAAAUUAAAUCUUGACGGCUGAACAUGUUCAUCCCACUGAGAGUUUGCAUUCCGUUCGUGGUACACUUCCUUCAAUU